AUGAUGACCGAUCACGAUCUCACGGACGAGGACUUGAGUGAACUGAAAGGGUGUAUAGAGCUGGGGUUCGGUUUCAACGAGGAAAAUGGGCAGCGGCUCUGCACUACAAUCCCGGCCCUUGACCUGUACUUUGCAGUCAACAGGCAGUUCUCAACGAGCCCGGUUUUGAGCCCGAACAGUAACGGUAGCUCGUCAAACGUAGGGGGAAGCCCCAUGAGUGACUCCGAGUCCAACUGGAAGAUUUGUAGCCCGGGUGAUGAUCCUGAACAUGUGAAGACAAAGCUGAGGCAUUGGGCACAAGCAGUAGCGUGUUCUGUGAGGCAGUCUUCUUAA